UGUCAUAUGUCGGCAUAACCUAGAUUAAAUUUUUAUUCUAGAUAAAAAUCCAAACAAUCGUUUUGAGGUUUUUUUCUUGAUUUGAUUAAAAUGGUUAAAGACUCUACAAGAGAUAGCUCUAAAAAAAGACGGAAAGUUGUUUCCAGCACCGACCCUGAAAAUGAAGCCGAUGUUUAUAAGAAAGCUGUCGAUUUCGAGGAAAAAGAAGCUUUGGGCAGAUCCGCUGACGAUGAUGCUGAACUAUACAUGGAAAUAAGUCAGGAUAUCCGAAAACUUUUAACUGAAAUAUUUCAAUUGAAAACUCAGAAACCUCCAGAUAUGAUGGAACAAGUAACUAAAAAAUGCAGGGAGGCAUGUGUUAAAGUGGCAAUUUUAAAAAAAUUGAAUCGAAUGGAAAAAGUGCGUGUUGUUAAAGCAAGGGAAAUGUUAUCAACAGAAAAACAAAAGGUUGAUUCAAUUAACUUACAAUACCAAAAUCUUCUAUAUGAAGCCAAUCAUUUGAUUUCUGAGUUCAACAAAUGUUUUCAGUUCAAAUCUAAAGACGAAGAUAUUGAACUCAUCGGCAUAGAGGAAUUCAUGAAAGAAGCACCAGAAGCUACCACAAAAGAAUUUAAAAAUGUGGAUGAAAAUGAUGAAAGUAAAAAACAUGCUUUGAGACUGGCCAGAUUAGAAUAUGAAUUGGAACAAAGAAAAAACCUUGCCAAACUUUGCAAAACAUUGGAGGAAGAAAAGAAGAAAAUUGGUUUGGAUAUAAUUGAACACAAAAAGAAAUUGGAUGGUUUGGCUCCAAAACUAGGUGCUGUUUUAGAAGUAACCAAACCUUUACAAGAAUAUCUUGAUAUACCUAUUGACAAAUUAAGGGCCGAGCACAAACUUGCUUAUCUCUUACCAGAACCAUUGUACCUUUUUUAUGUCAAUGUGGAAGGAUUCAAAGAAGUAUAUGAUCAAUCUAUUACAAUUGCUAUUGUUGGUGACCAUGACGAAGCUACUCAAUGGAAAGAACAACAAGCCUCAGCAAGAUUGCAAGAUGAGGAAGACACUGAGCCUGAGAUUGAACAAGAUUCUGAAGAAGUUAUAGAAGUGAAAAAACGAAGACAUAGAAAAUCAAGCAGUAAGCCACAAGACCCAAAGGAAGAAAAAAAACGAAAAGUAUUACAGACCCACCCGUUAUCAGUUGAAGUUACAAUGAAUAUGAAACAGUCGCUAUCGAUCAAACUCAAAUUGAACUACUAUUAUAACCUCAAAAUAGUGACUAUUAAGUCUGAAGUAAUAUUGCCAAAUAAUAUAACAGGUAAUACUGCCAAAGAAGUACUUAUGGGAGAAACUCUAUUGGGAGAACUUGUAGAAGGAGAUACUGGAUUAGAAAGUCCAAACUCAACUAUGUCCCAUCAGUUGAAGAAAUUUUCAUUAGGUCCAUAUGAAACAUUAAUACCAGACAUUGGCUUCGCUUACGGUUGGGCACAAAAAGCAUGUGGAUUAGAUUUUCUUAGUCAGCAAACCUCUAGGGAGCAUAGCCAGAAAUUGAGUAUUCUCAAUGUUGAAUUUGUUAUGAAAACAUUACAUAGUAAACUACAGUCUAGAUAUGCAUUAGCACUUCAACUUGAAUUGUUGGAAAAAAAUCAAAUACCCUGCAUACCUGAUAACCUUGAAUUGCCCAAAAAUAUGAUAUCUAGUCUCACCAAAUGGGUAUCUAAGAGUUAUCAGCAGUUUUGCCAAUCCCCAGGAACAUCUGCUCUGAUUGAAGAAGAAAUUGUUAAACCUAAUGAUAUAUUUUAUUGUGCCACAAUUACUAGAGAUAAUGCUUCAAUGGAGUGUUUUAUUGUUAUCAAAAAUGAAUUUCCUCUUCAACCCCCUAUUUUUUCUCUGACAAUGAAUUAUGGUGGAAAAAAACAUGCAGGAAAUUCUGAUGAUAUAAGGGAUAUGGAGAGAAGUUUGAAUACUGUUUGGUCAGUAACUUAUUCAGCAGCUGAGUGGAUAUUGGCUGCCCAAAUAACACUUGCUUGUUGCUACUUGGACAUUUAUCUUGAAACAAAACAUUCUGAUGUUUUUCCACAAAAUAGCAUAUUCUUUAGGAGUGUAUGUGCUAGAAAUAGGAGAAAACCAUUUCACUACCGAAAAAUAGGUAGUGGUGUAUAUACACAAUAUUAAUUAAUAAUAUAGGUAAAUAUAAGAUUUGAAUAAAAUGAAAUGUAAAUUUUAAAA